UCGACCUACAGGCGGACCGUGACUGGCAUUGAACAUCCUUGCCCUUUCAUCGCACCACUGUCAACCAGGCACGGUGAAUCACCCAUUCAUAAUAGCUAUGAUGACCAGAAAAGCCAUUCUCAUUCCACCACUCGCAUUCAUUUUACGCAUCGUCCUUUUCAAUAUCCCAACUAUCGCCGAUACCCUUGCCACACGCGUUGAAGUCGUCACACCGAUAACAAGCUUUAAGCGAUUGACGGAAGGCUUGUAUCUGUAUGAAAACAGUGUGCCCCCCUAUGACAAUGGCAUAUUUCACCAAGCACCCUUUCUUCUUGUCUUGUUCUCAGCCCUCACAUCGCUCUCACCCUUGGCUAUACCAAUCGUGUAUGCAGGCGUGGAUACGUUCAUUGGCUAUGCCUUGGUCGUCAUCACUCAGAUGAAACAGAAAAACUAUGCAAACGCACCCAAGCUGGAGGUCGAGAAGGAAAUGGCUCCCAUCGACCCAUGGACGGUGGCAGCCUUGUAUUUAUUCAAUCCGCUUACCAUCUUAUCGUGCGUGUCUAAAUCCACUCUCAUCUUUACGAAUCUUUCCGUCGUUCUUUCCGUCGCAUUGGCAUUGAAAGGAGAUGCGAUCUACAGCAUGUUCUGGGUGGCCAUCGCUUCAUACCUCAGUUUUUACCCCGCUAUGCUUAUGCCAGCGUUGGUUCUUAUCAUCUCCAAAUGGACGCCGAGCAACAACAGCACAUUGGUGAAGCAGGCAAGAGCUUCGACUUUCUAUUUUGUAGCUUGGCUAGCCCUGUUCUUGAUAUCUUCACGCAUACUGGUUGGAUCAUGGGAUUAUUUGUAUUCGACAUACGGUACCAUUCUUUGUCUGACUGAUCUGACUCCCAAUGUCGGCAUGUUUUGGUAUUUCUUCAUAGAAAUGUUCGACCAAUUCCGCAACUUCUUUUUGGUCGUGUUCCAACUCCACGCUUUUAUCUUUGUUGCGCCUCUCUGUAUUAAAAUAAGGGAACAUCCUGUCUUUGUCAUCAUUGUCCUCAGUGGCAUGAUGUCCAUUCUAAAAAGCUAUCCCUCGGUGGGUGAUGCUGCCCUCUUCCUUGGCCUCCUUCCAGUCCAUGACGAGCUGUUUAAAUAUGCUCGCUACGGGUUCUUGGUCACCAACCUCUAUCUCUAUUCAGCGGCCCUGGCACCCAUCUUUUGGCAUCUGUGGAUCUACGCCGGCAGUGGCAACGCCAACUUCUUCUAUGCCAUCACUUUGGUCUAUAACCUCGGCCAGGUCUUGCUGUUGAUUGAUCUCGUGUACGCUGUUCUUCGUCGAUCCUACGACAUUGCCAACCCUCAUACAAUCGGAAAAGAAGUUGUACAUAAAUAAUACCCACCACCCCAAACACAAAAGAAAAACCGCUCUGCUUUUUCAUAUAAUAAAACAUGUUAUCUAUUUUGCGCAAACGUGCAAAAAAUAUUGGGGGGAAGUGAAGAGACAUUGAAUUUUCAUCUGAAUUUUAGAAACAGAGGGGAAUAU